UAGCCGGAGCAACGCGGAACGUUCGGAAUGUCUCGCACAAACUGUUGCAUCGUAAAUUGUAGCAACACAUACAAGAAGUGCCCGCCAGGAACCAAGUUUUUUCGGUUUUCGACGCGGCCGUGCUUCCAAGAUCAAAGAGAGCGGUGGAUUCGCAGCGUACGUCGUGUCAAUGGCGAUGGAACUGAGUGGCAACCAUCCAUGUGGUCAAAGAUAUGCAGCACUCACUUUGUGGGCGGUAAACCGUCGACAGACCCUUCUUCUCCGUCCUACGCCCCGACCAUCUUUCCGUCGUCGUACCGCAACGUGAGCACGAUUGUCCAGGACAAAAGCAACCGCUACAAUCGGCGAGCCACAUUUGUGAUUUCACAACUUUUUGUUCGUUUCCUUUCACAAACAUUUGAAUAUUUAAUUUCGGUGAAGGCGGCUACAUGAAUUCAGAACUAAACCAAUUUGACAAAAAUUUGAUUCUUCUACAAAGCUGGAGAAAGCGGGCAUACACUCCUAUGGAACUGAUGACGCCAUGUGCUACAGUGACACACCAGAUGAGGCUCCAUGCAAUGAAACGUUGGUGUCAUCUUUUCUGAGUGAAGCAGAUGCUGGCCAGAUGCAUGAGCUCGUUCCUGAUGCCCCCAAAAGAGACAUGUGAAAAAGGCAUUGGAACCGUAAAUGCAGAUCAGUUUCAGCCGAGAGGCUUCCGUGGCUACGACUCUGUGACAUCUGAAAGCGACCAUGCUGAAGUCCUAAAGGACCUGACAGGAGUGUCUCCUACCUGCUUCGCAGUUCUGCUGGGGUUGUUGACACAGGUGAAGACUCCACGUGCAAUGGACAUCAGCCGUGAGAGUCGCCUUCUGCUUUUCUUAAUGAAGAUGAAACAUGCCCUGACAUUUGCUGCGCUGGGUGCCCUCUUCAGUGUACACCGCACGACAGCUUCCCGCACAUUCUAUGCCACUCUGGACACAUUGUAUUCGAAGACGCAAGGGUGGUUAAUAUGGUUUCCACGAGAGGUAGUGCAAGAGACGAUGCCCCAUUCUUUUCGGGAAAAGUACCCAACAUGCAGGGUAAUCAUAGAUUGUACAGAAGUGCCAAUUGAAAAGCCCCCUGAAGUCAGUGAACAAGUUAAUUGCUGGAGCAGCUACAAGAGCAACUUCCCAUUGAAAUUCCUAGUUGGUGUGACCCCUUGCGGCUUCAUAUCAUUUGUUUCCCGUGUCUUUGGAGGGCGCUCAAGUGACACUUACAUUACAGCAAACUCUGGAUUGCUAGACUUGCUCGAACCCAAUGAUCUUGUGAUGGCUGACAAAGGAUUUCCCCAUAUCCGGUGUGACCUAGAUGCACGCCAGGUUACGCUGGAGAUCCCACCUUUUGCUCGAAUGAAUGAGCAAUUCACAACUUUAGAAGUGGAACGUACCUACAAGAUAGCUUCCCAUCGUGUUCACGUAGAACGCUGCAUUCAAAGAAUCAAAAUAUUUAACAUCUUGAAUGCAAAGUUGCCCCAAGAGCUCAGAAAUCAUGUGGACAAAAUAGUAACUCUAUGCUGCGUUCUUGCAAACAUGCAGAAGCCCAUAUUUAAAAAUCUGUGAAGAAAGAGAACAGAGAAAUAUAUGACUCAGGGGAAAAGUGCUGACGCCAGGAAUUAAGCCUAGACCUUCCUGAAUUCUGGUUAGGGACGCCACUGUUGCACCACGACAGCAGCACAUUCUCCUGAGUUAGAAGGCUUCAAGUACGAAGAGGACGGACAACCAAUCACAUUCCUCCCAUUCUCUGUUACAUCUUUCUCAUUCGCUCAUACAUUCAGACAUGAGGCAGGGCGUCAUCUUGUUGGUCCAAGGUAAAGAAGCAUUAGUCAAGGCAAUGUAAUUUAACUGAUUCUGUGUCGUCCAUGUCUGUAGCCUGCCUCUGCUAAUUCUCGUCAUUUACACAAGAUAUUGCCCUGCCUCGUGUAUGAAUCUGUGCAUGAGUGAGAAUGGAAAGAACCUGAUUUGUUGCCCUUCUGCUCUGUACUUGGGCACCCUAACUCAGAAGAAAGCCCAGCUGUCAUGGUUU